AUGACCUCGGACUCGACUUUGCUCCAUCAUCCGACCGAGUCGCUCAUUCUCUCGGCCAAGCGCCGGUUCUUCCCCUUCAGAAUCCCCAACUUCCACACGCAGCUUCGUCACUACAUCAGCACUGCCGACCCCGAUAGGAUUUAUGUUGUUGUUGAGCGAAUCAUUUACGCGAUCCACAUAUCGGCCCAGAAGCGGGAGAGCAUAGCUGCAAUUCCAUUCGAACCCCGAGGCCUGGCUGCUGCGCAUGGCUGGAUCGGGGUGGGAGGUCCAGAGAAUGGCGAAUGCGCAUUCAUUAAAAUCGGUGACCCAGGCAUGCAGGUUCAUGGUUCCUUGUCGCAACACUCCGAUGUCGAUAGCGCGCUCCCACUGGACCUUGACCCACCCGCAAGAUCAGCAUCCCCAGACACAGCGCAUGGAGACUUACCACGAGCUCGCCGUCUUAUUCAAGAUCGUUUUCCAGAAGUGGAGCUUCACAAGUUUGGUGGCAGUAUUGUGAACUCUGUGACGAUCCAUCGCUUUCCAGGAGAUAAAGACAGUCUAGCUGAUGAAGAUGUGAUGGUCCUGAGCAAUAACGAUUGCACAGUAACCGUCUAUUCACUGACCCGUGCUACAGUACUCAAGGUCCUUGACCAUCCAAAAUACAUGAACUAUGCGACCAUAUCCCCCGACUCCAAAUUAUUGACCGCCGUUGGAGAUGAAGACCGAGCCUACUUCUAUAAGAUCUCUCGUGACUGGGAAUCGACCUCGAUCACAGACUCAGGCAAAAGACUGACAGGAUGGGAGUUCGAUCUUACAUGGUGUGUCGAAAUGGAUAUCGGCCCACGGCCGGAUGAUGCAACCUGCUUCACAGUGGCUUUCUCCCCAUCAAGUCAUCUGUGCGCUGUCGGAUCGCAAUCGGGAAUCAUCACCGUCAUCGAUACUGAAACCAUUCAUAAGAAGGCGGCUGAUGCGGACAACGGCAACCCGAUUGUCUGUCAAUUCCCAGCUUCCAGAUCCUGUUCUGAAGGGGGUGCUGUCCGUUGCAUGACUUUCUCCCCAGAGCCAUGGGAUCUCUUGGUCUGGUUGGAAGGCCAUGGCAGGGCGGGAGUUGCGGAUGUGCGUCAGGCAUUCUUACGCAGGCAAAUCCUUCAACUGGAUGCCGACGGGCCCGAUUUGCAAGAAGUACAUAUGGAGCCCUUUUCAGACGAUUCCGAAGGCCAACAUAUGGAGGAUGAAAGCAUGGGGGCGACUCGAACCAGACUCGACGAGGAACUGAAUCAAUCAGGAGAGGACGUUGAUCGUGCUUCAUUGCGCGAUACCUUGAUACAAGAUCUCACAGAACGAGAGAGAUUAAUCAUGGACUUUUUGAACAACGCACGUUUCACAUCCAGGCUGGAAGAGGGACUCACCGAGCGACCGGAAAGGCCAGCUAGGGUAGCUCUCCAACCUCACCCAGCGGUGCGUAUGCGAGUCCAUGGCUCUACAGAUGGGACCAUUCGGGCCUCGCCCCCUACAUCCCCUCCAAAUCUCUACGAUUCCCCCCGAAAUAUCUCGCGUGACGGCGACCUUGGCCCCAGUUCACGGCGCCAGAGCUCGGUUGUCCUGUCCCAGGGCAGCCGUGCUUCGGAAACGGGUACUUCCAGCCAUGAUCGCCAGUCAAGUAUCACCCUCAGUUGGACAACACCGCCAUCUGAACUGCAGUCUACUGAGUCCGAUAAUACUUCACGAAAUGUUGACCCUGACAUUGACGUUGGGCAUGAAAGCAGCCGGUCAAUGAGGCCCCCCGAGGUGACGGGAUCUACUCCCGCCCCGCUGGACUUCGGACUCUCUUCGGAAGGGAUGACUCGCCUGAGGUCCCAGCGCUCCAGCUCAACACCCCGACGGACUGAGCGAGCCCCUAGUGGCCCAGAACGGCGAUAUGACCCGUCACGUCUUAGUAACUACGAGAUUCGAGCGAAUGUAGCCGCAGAGCGGCUUCGGCGCCAACGGCAGAUCGCGAAUGAAGUACAUAACCGUUCAUUCGAACGGGAACAUCGACAACGUCAGCAAUUCCUGGGGUUUGAACAGGCGCACUCCCCCCGAUGGAUCAGAAACAUCAUCAAUGACCUCCCAGACCGAAGCUUGAUUCAUGGCCCCGGUGCUGAAGAGCCAGACUCCACUGCUGGUGUUGGCUGGGGAGCUGAUGGCAGAACUCUGUACAUUGCGACCCUGGAAGGAAUCUUUGAAUUCCAGAUCAACGUCCACGAUCGAAAAACUUUCCCUGUUCUCUCGUGUCGCUGA